AUGGUGAUAGGAAAUGAUACACUGAUCCACCCAGCAGCCUUCCUUCUAAUGGGUAUCCCGGGACUGGGAUCCAACAUUCACUUCUGGAUGGCCUUCCCACUCUGCUUUAUGUAUGCCUUGGCCACUUUGGGCAACCUCACCAUUAUCCUCAUCAUCCGUGCUGAUCAGACCCUUCAUGAGCCCAUGUAUCUCUUUCUGGCUAUGCUUUCCACCAUUGAUAUGGUCCUCUCUUCUGUUACCAUGCCCAAGAUGGCCAACCUCUUCCUCACAGGAAGACAAGAGAUAGAGUUCAACCUUUGUCUGACUCAGAUGUUCCUUAUCCAUGCACUUUCAGCCAUGGAAUCAGCCGUACUUUUGGCCAUGGCCUUUGAUCGCUUUGUGGCUAUCUGCCACCCUCUGCGCCAUGCAUCAGUGCUCACAGCACCUGUUGUAGGGAAAAUUGGACUGGCAGCUCUUACCCGUGGCUUUGUCUUCUUUUUCCCCUUACCCUUCAUCCUGAAAAGGCUGUCCUAUUGCCACAGUAAUACUGUCACCCAUUCCUUCUGCCUCCACCAGGACAUUAUGAAGUUGUCAUGCACAGAUACUACAGUCAAUGUCGUCUAUGGGCUCUUCAUCAUCCUCUCUGUCAUGGGAGUUGAUUCACUUUUCAUUGGCUUUUCCUACAUUCUAAUCCUACAGGCUGUGCUGGGGCUAUCUUCCCGGGGAGCUGCCUUUAAGGCCUUCAACACCUGCAUCUCUCAUCUCUGUGCAGUCCUGGUGUUCUAUGUGCCCCUCAUUGGCCUGUCGGUGGUGCAUCAACUGGGUGGCCCCACUUCAAUGGUCCAUGUGGUCAUGGCCAAUGUUUACCUCCUACUUCCCCCUAUUGUCAACCCCAUUGUCUAUGGGGCCAAAACAAAGCAGAUCAGGGUUAGGAUUCUCCAUAUGUUCCAACAUGAUGCUGGAUAA